CAAAAUGGCUCAGGAAACAAAUCAAACACCAGGACCUAUGCUGUGCAAUACAGGCUGUGGAUUUUAUGGAAAUCCAAGGACAAACGGAAUGUGUUCAGUUUGUUAUAAAGAACAUCUUCAAAGGCAGAAUAGUGGAAGGAUUAGCCCAAUGGGUAAGUUUUCUUAAGAUAGAUGUGAUCUCCUAAAAUCUACUUCAGUGUAUAUGGGCUGCAUAAUUGUUUGCCUUUAUUUGACUAGUUCGUUUGUAAGUGGUUCAAAAUGUAAAGUGAACAUGUAAUGCAGGGUUUGACAGAUUUUUCUCUCUAAUAAAGCUUCACUUUCAAAGCCGGAAAUAAAACAGAGGUGUAUGGAUGCAUAAAUUGUCUGUUAUGUAAAGUUACCAGUGUGAAGGAUUUUAAAUGUAAAUGCACAUGAAAGUACUUCUUCAAGCUGACGUACUGUGAUGUGGUCAUUAAUGGCUUUUCCAUUCACGAGUAUACAUCUGAGCCAUUGUUCAAAAUUUCCUCUCCAUUGGGGAGUGAAGGUGUGGCAGCAUACUUAGUCUUGUGUUCAUAAGCUAAUUUUAAGGCCUCAAUCCUUGAUCUAAACUGUGGAUAUAAAGUGAAACAUUGUGAAGACUUAUAUCAGUUUGGGGAUGACCUGUAGUAUUUAGUGGUCUGAACAGUGGUCCGAUACCCUCUAUGACCUGAGAAUUUAUUUUCUGGUGGAUACAAUCUCUAUAGUAACCAAAACAGUCAUGGUUUAACCCCUUUAGACCGGGGGACGUACAAUUACGCCCUAUUUUAGGCGGCUCUAAACGCCGGCGGGCGUAAUUGUACGCCCUCCGGUUUUUGUUCACUUACCCGGUCGCCGGCGGUCCCACGCCGGCGAUCGCGGUGGGGGGGACUCCCAGGGAGCCCCCCCGCGGCAGAUCCUUCUCCUCCGGUGACCCCCGGCCAUGUGAGAGUGGGGUCCUAGCGAGGACCCCACAAUCACAUGGCUGGGGAUAGCUGGCUUCUGUAUUGCCAGCAGUGGGGCUGCCUGUAAUGACAGGUGGUCCCCCUGCUGGCUGAAAAUAAAAUUAAAAUAAAAUGUAUUAGUGUAAAAAAAAUAUACUUAGAUUAUAUAUAUAUAUAUAUAUAUAUAUAUAUAUAUAUAUAUAUAUAUAUAUAUAUAUAUAUAUAUAUAUAUAUAUAUAUAUAUAUAUAUUAAUAUCAAAUUACACGUAGACUGAUACUGGUUAAAUAUAUAUAUAAUUAUUGUUAUAUAUAUAUUUAUGUAUAAUAUAAAAAAAAAUAUGUAAAUACGUUAAAAAAUAAAAUGAAAAAAAAAAUAUUUAAAAAAAUUAAUUAAAAAAUAUAUAGAUGUGUGUUAUUUCAUUCUAACUGUAUUGUGAUAUUAAUAUAUAUUUAUAUCAAAAUACACGUAGAACGAAAUAAUAUAUAUAUCUACAUACAUAAAUAUAUACGUAUAUAUAAAUAAAAAUAUUUUAAAAACAUUAUAUAGAUAUACACAUAUAGAUUCACAUACGUAUAUAUAUAUAUAUACAUAUAUUAAUUCUACAUAUAUAUUUAUGUAAUAUUUUUACAUAAUUAGGUAUCUUAAUUAAUUACAAUUAGCGGGACCUGCCUGACAACCCAUGCCGAAAGUAAAGGGAAUUUAAUUGGCUAGCACUAUAUUUAACCCUAUAACUUUCCAAGACACCAUAAAACCUGUACAUGGGGGGUACUGUUCUACUCGGGAGACUUCGCUGAACACAAAUAUUAGUAAAAUGUAUUACGAUGAUAUCACCAGUAAAAGUGACGUUUUUUUGCAUUUUUCAUGCACAAACUGCACUUACACGGACGAUAUUAUUGCUGUGAUACUUUUUUACUGUUUUGAAACACAAAUAUUUGUGUUCAGCGACGUCUCCCAAGUACUACAGUACCCCUCAUGUACAGGUUUUAUGGUGUUUUCAAAAGUUACAGCGUCAAAUAUAAGGCUUGCGUUUCAUUUUUUUCACAUUAAAAUUUGCCAGAUUGGUUACGGUGCCUUUGAGACCCUAUGGUAGCCCGAGAAUGAAAAUUACCCCUAUGAUGGCAUACCAUUUGCAAUAGUAGACAACCCAAGGUAUUGCAAACGGGGUAUGUCCAGUCUUUUUUAGUAGCCACUUAGUCACAAACACUGGCCAAAAUUGGCGCUUUUUUGCAUUUUUCACACAAACAAAUACUAACGCUAACUUUGGCCAGUGUUUGUGACCAAAUGGCUACUAAAAAAGACUGGACAUACCCCAUUUGCAAUACCUUGGGUUGUCUACUAUUGCAAAUGGUAUGCCAUUAUGGGUGUAAAUUUCAUUCCUGGCUACUAUAAAGUCUCAAAGGCAACGUAACCUAUCUGGCGAAUUUCAAUUUUAAAUGUAACGUGCUAUACUUGACCCUGUAACUUCCCAAAACGCCAUAAAACCUGUACAUAGGGGUUUUACACGUGAGACUUUGCUGAAUAUAAAUAUGUGUAUUUUAUUGCAGUAAAAGCAAACAGUAUUAUGACAUUGACAGUUAAAAUGUCAUGUAGAACUAAAAAAAAUAAAAAAAAUAAAAAAAAAUUCAUAUUAAAUUAUGUUUCACAUCUAAAUAUUUGAUAUUAAAUGAAAGCCCUGUUUCCCCUGAAUAAAAUGAUAUAUAAUAAGGGUGGGUGCAUUUACUAUGAAAUAGGUGAAUUACGGUUGGACAGACAUGUAGCGCAAAUUCCAGGUUUUGUUUACAUUUUAUUUCGUUCACAACGUGUACAUUUGGCUCCGUCCUUAAGGGGUUAAUGAUGCCGUUUUUGUGUAAAGCUCAUGCCCCAUGCAGUCUCACUGCUCCAAUCUCUGCCAUUAAGGAGUUUAAUCACUUUGUUUAUAUAGCCCUGUGCACCUGCAUGUGACUUACACAGCCUUCUGAAAUACUUCCUGUAAAGAGCGCUAAUGUUAACAUGUCCUUUAUUGCAAAUUGUUUAAUUUAGAAUGUAUCUCCUGUUCUGUUAACAGAUUGCUAGACUCUGCAGUAAGUCACAACUGAUUGAAAAUGAAACCAUUUUGGUUUCAUGCUGGCUGUCCGCCAGGGGUGGUGUGCUAGGGCUGCAUAAACACACAAGUGACUUAACGCCUAAUUAAAUCAACUGAGCAAUGCAGGUUCAGAGGCAUGAUCUGCACACAAACUGCUUCAUUACAGGGAAGCUAUAGUCACCAGAACAACCACAGCUUAUUGAAUUUGUUCUGGUGAGUAGAAUCAUUACCUUCAGGUUUUUUGCUGCAAACUCUUUUCAGAGAAAAUGCAUUGUUUACAUUACUGCUUAGUGAUAACUUUACUGGCCACUCCUUAGAUGGCUGUUAGAGAUCCUUCCUGGGUCAUGGCUGCCCAAAAUGCAUGCAAACAUUCAGUGUCUCCUCCCUCUGCAUGCAGACACUGAACUUUCCUCAUAGAGAUUCAUUGAUUCCAGUCAUCUCUAUGAGGAGAUGCUGAUUGGCCAGGGCUGUUUGAAUUGUGCUGGCUCUGCCCCUGAUCUGCCUCCUUGACAGUCUCAUCCAAUCCUAUGUGGAAGCAUUGUGAUUGGAUCAGGCUUCCACUUCUGCUGAUGGCAGUGGGCCAGUCUAAAGGAAACUGGGACCAAAUAAGCAGCUGCAGACUUGAAUACAAGUAAGAGUUACUAUAUUUAGGGAGGCAUGAUUGUGACUUGGAGACCAAUAGGUUUUGGAGCCCAAUUACAAAGGUAUUCACUUUUUUUUUUUUUUUGGAAUGCAAUCUUCAAGAGACAUUUCAUUCAGUCUUUAUACUGUACCUUACAAAUACGCAAAGGAACAUGUAAAUUGGGUACUGCAAUAAUAAGUGGAUAUGAAACAAAUUUAUGCAUUUAGAAAAGUCACUCAAAUCUGGUGGGGUUUAUGCUAUGUUUAGUGUCAAAAGUGUACAUCAACAGAAUGGAUGCGUUGGAAUAUAACCAGAAUGCUUGUUAUAGCUGAGGUGUGUAAGUACCAUACCAACAAUUACCAGGAUGGACUCUUUAUUUAUGGUUACUCACAAACAGAUCAUGAUAUGCUGAUGACAUCAGCUGACACCCUUUGCAUUAUUGCACCCAGAUCUCUAAUCUGUUUUCAGGAUGCCCACAAGGACAAUAGGAGACCGUGAGAAUAGGCAUCUGGGAACAGACUUUGGUGUUAAACAAUUUGUAAAUGGCUUAUACCAUGUAAGGUACUCCAGUUGUUAUGGGGAUGGACUGUCUGUUUAAUACUAUAUUUAGCAGUUUGCCUAUGCAGUGAUAUAACUAAACCUAUAAAUGGAUAAAUAUUACAUUAACCCCUUAAGGACACAUGACAGAAAUAUUCCGUCACGAUUCCCUUUUAUUCCAGAAGUUGUGUCCUUAAGGGGUUAAUAGACUUGUAAAUGAUUUGUCCCUCACAUUUCCCCAUACUAAAAGAUGAAUAUUGGCAUUUUCAUGGCAAGCUAUUACAGUAUACAGUCUAAAAUUUGAACUGCUUUCAUAUCUUGUUUGCUUAGUUGUAAAUUGGUGGUCAUUUUGUGAAUGUCAUCAGUUCCUGUUAAAGCACCACUAUAGGCACCCAGACCAUUUCAGCUUAAUGAAGUGGUCUGGGUGCCUGGUCCAGCUAGGGUUAACCUUUGUUAAAAAAAUAAAUAAUUUCCGAGAAACAGCUAUGAUUACACUGAGGGUUAAUCCAGUCUCUAGAGCCUCUAUUGGCUGUCUCAUUGACAGCCGCUAGAGGCGCUUGCGUGCUUCUCACUGUGAAAAUCGGUGAGAAGAUGCCAGCGUCCAUAGGAAAGCAUUGUAAAUGCUUUCCUAUGAACUGCCUGAAUGCACGCAUGCGCAUUCAGCCGAUGACAUCGCUUGGAAGGAGGAGGAAAGCUCCCCGUCUGGCGCUGGAGAAAAGUAAGAUUUUUAACCCCUUCCUCUCUCCAGAGCCAGGCGGGAGGGGCACCCUUAGGGCACUAUAGUGGUCCUUUAAGACUUAAACGAACACUAUUGGAUCAUGAACAGUGGAGCUAUCCCUAGACUGUAUGAAAUGUAAACACUGCAUUUUCUCUGAAAAGACAAUGUUUCUUGAAAAAGCCUGCAGGGAAUGAUUAUAGUCACCAGAACAAAUACAACAAGCUGUAGUUGCUCUGUUGACUAGUGUCCCUUUAAAUGGCUUGUCUUACUGUCUUAUAAAUUAAUUUUUUUUUAGUUUAAAAAAGAAGCGCUUUACUGGAUGCAAAGUGCAUGGAGCAUAAGGGACAGAUUUCUGUGCAUUUCUGUCCUCCACUUAAUGUUGUCUCAAUGCAUUCUUUACAUAGAUUUGUAACAAAGUUUUUAAUUAAACAGUUGGCAAGAAUGCUAAGCUGGUGAUUUUACAAACCAUGCUUAUCCAUGGUUUUUAAAUUGGGAAAACCGAAGGUUUGAAGAUGUUUUGAAGUUAUUUUCAUGUUUCCGUGGCUUUAUAUACACGUUUCAGGUACCAGGAAAAACCUAUGCUUGUUGGGGUGUUUCUGAACCCUUACUGUUACAACUGCAAUAUAUAGUAAAAACCAAAGGGAAAAAGGGGGAAUUUUCUUUUUUACAACUGCAAUAUAUGCCUGAUCUAAAUUAUCAGAUGUCAAAAGAUUUUUUUUUUGUUUUUGUUUUUUUUUUGAUCCUGCAAAGUAGUUUGUCACAUAGUAAACUGCCAUGCACUGGUACAAGAUGGCACUAUAAAUAUUUAACAUCUAUAUUCCAAACGUAUGCAUUGUCCAGUGUCUUAUUGUUCUAUGUAAGUUUAGGUUUGUUUUUUGUAAUUCAACUGGUUUUUUUUUUUUAAUUUUAUGUAUCUCUAUCAAAUAUACUAUGUUCAGGUGUCUGAAAUCAAGAACUUGCUAGACUUUCCAGUAACUUUUUAUUUUUUCUUCUAGGAGCAGCAAGUGCUUCAAGUAGUCCUACAUCAGAAUCUGCAGUUAUUCAGAGAGUAGAGACUGCAUUGAGUAACUGUGAAAGUGCUGCUGGCAGCUCAACAGACAAAUCAAGGUACAAUGAAAGUGUGGGGUGUCUGUCAUCUGUGAACAAAAUAAAUAUAAAAACGAGUGCUGCUGAUUUCCAUGGUCCUUUAUUUCUGCUUAGCCUUGUAUAAUGGCAGAAGAAUCUGGGUCCUGUGCGUCUGUCCUAUCAUUCUUGGGGUGUCUCUCUCUGAGGGAAAGAAACAAGUGGAACGUUGAGUGCUUGGAACUGCACACAUUUCAAUGGCUGAGUUUUAAAAUUAAAUCCUUGUUAUGCUUUUCUUUCAGAAAUGUGCCUGUGGCAUCUCUGCCUGUAACUCAGCAAAUGACAGAAAUGAGCAUUUCAAGGGAAGAAAAUAUUGCCUCUCCAAAAGCUGAAUCAUCAGAACCUGGUAUGUACAGUUCUAACUGAUGUGGCUUUUUUUCCACCCUCCCUUCCUGUUUGUACUCCCCAAGUCCUUUAAAAACUUUAUUUGUGUUGCUUUUUCACUUCAGUGGUGACCCAGCCAAGUCCAUCUGUAUCCCCACCCAGCACAUCUCAAAGUGAGGAAAAAGGCACAGAACUUCCUAAACCAAAGAAGAACAGAUGUUUUAUGUGCAGGAAGAAAAUUGGCCUUACAGGUAAUUGUGGUUUAUAAAGUUCUUUAUAAACUAACUGUUGUAUAACAUAUUUCUAACUUUUCUUUAUUUUUUUAUUUUUUUUAUUUCCUAUUAGGAUUUGACUGCCGUUGUGGCAAUCUGUUUUGUGGACUUCAUCGUUACUCUGACAAGCACAACUGUCCUUAUGAUUACAAAGCAGAAGCUGCUGCAAAAAUACGGAAAGAAAACCCUGUCGUUGUGGCGGAAAAAAUUCAGAGAAUAUAAACAAUACACAACUUGUGAAGACUUUACAUUUUUCAUUUUUGAUUUUAAUAUUGUAGGGAAACCUUUAAGGAGCAGAUGCAUGUCCAUUUCUCUUCUGAUGUUAUCCAGAAUUUAUUUUGUGAUUGUGCGCUUUUUUUUUUUUUAAAGAAUGUUUGGGUGUUUGUAAACAGGCAAAAUUGGAUUGAUACAGCUGUUUUCCCAACUUGUAUAUCUGAGCCCAGAGAACACAAACUGUUUCAAGACAGCAUACACGUUCCAUUAAGUGCAUAUCAUCUGGUGCAAUGUAAACUAAUGUGCCAAAGUAGGCUUCCAAGCUGCAUGGCUACAACAGAUAUCCAGCUUGUAGUCUGAUCGCUCAUAGCAAAUGACUGGGAAAAUACCUGUAACAUUAAUUGACGCACCAGAUACUGAUGUAUUUUACCAUAAUUGCACCCUUUUUUCGGUUUUGACUCCUGCAUGGAUUUAGUUUGUAUCCUGUUGGUUUGCAACUGGAUACCGUCAGAUCAACUUUCAUGGUGAAAUGGAAAACUCUUGUGGAUAUACCAUCUGCCUGCCUGGUUAUUUUUAUUUUUAAUUUUUUUUUUUAAUGUUUUCUUUACCUCCUCCCAAUCCCACCGAAUCCACCUAAUUAUUGGCUAUAUUUUGUUAAAGGAGUUUUGUGGGCCGCCUUUAUCCUGUUACCUGCAAGACUAACAUCUUGAUCUGUUCUAGUCUAUAAUGAAAACCUUAAGAUCUGUAAGCUUUAUCACUGGAAACAUGCUAUAGCAAGUGGAUUCUAGCAUGUAGUUUAUUUUUUACUUUUACUUGGGUCAGAAUGAGUUGUUGCACAGUCAAAAUGUGAUUAAGUACCUUUUUAUGUUAUGCAUAAUUUAAGUUUUAAUUUCAUACAUUGGCUUUUCUUGCAAUGUCUUGUACUUGCUCUUCAGUGUGUAAUAAACAUUUGAUAAAUGCCAUAAAUACCACAGGGUCAUGAAAUACUGAAAACUAAAACUUCAUCUAUGAGUUGGGGUAGGCCAUUCAACAUUAAUUUAGCAAUUUUGAAAAACUUUGUAAUAACUCCACCCCACUGUGCCUUUGCCGCCCCUGCAAAAUUCUAAUCUUACAAAUGCUUAAGGGUUGUCAGGGAAUGUUUCCCGACACAUCAUUGCAUAGCUAAAACUUAACCCUUGCAGUGAGCACCUUUAUGCAAACCUAUCUGGGCAAUAUAACUAGCAUUAUUUUCUCAACUUAACCAUAGGAAAAGGUGAUGGAAGUCCAUGGGUUUCUUCUUUAAACUGGUGGAUUUUUUUUAAAAUUUUUUUUACAGUAUGACUAAAUUGCACAGAUUUGCAUGAGAAACCAUACCUUGGCUGCUGUAGGCUUAUUCCCCCACUAGUCAUACCAGGAACCACAUUGAGGGCUGCUAAACACAUUAUUUUCUUUUGUUUUUAAUAUAGUACCUGUGUGUAGGACUGUAAUUUUCUUGGUUAUAUUGCAUGGGCUGCAUUACAUACAGCUUUGUACAAAUCAACUCUAGAAAAAAGCAGUAGACUUCACUUGUCUGUUAAUCACUUCUGUGUUCUAAUGGAAGGUUUUCUUAUAAUUAAUUUCUUGUAUUUUUAGAUAAGCGCAACUUUUAGAGUAGUAUUGUGAUAAUGCCUGUUCUCAUCUGUAAAUAGUUGAAGUAUGUUCACUUGGCUUCACUUUAAAAUUUUACUUUUGUGUUCUGUCCCUAGUUUAUUUGGCAACAUCAGAAUUUUGCUUUAAACCUUGUAUUUUUUUUUUUUUGAGUUAUUAGAUAUGCAAAUGUGUACAGAAGAUAGUUCAUAUUUAUGUAUUGCACAUAAUCAUGCUCUCCAGCAUCUAUGCUAUAUUGUAUUAUGUAAAUAAUAAAGUUAUGUACAGAGGGAAUCUCUUGUUGGCAUGAUUUUUAUAAAAUCUGUUCCCAUUGUGAAUUAACAAAACAAAGUACAAAUGUUCUGUGCUAAAGGUGAAACCAUACAAUUUGUUUCUUACUGUAAGACUGCAACAAAGUGACUUUCUGCCAUAAAUGUUUUUGAACCUCUUUGACAUGAAUCUGUGAAUUAGUGUUUGUAGUAUUUCUUGUGUAGGUGAGUAAGAGCCAUUUGCUGGAGCACCAUCAAACAGAAGUACAAAGCAUGCAUUCUUUCCCAAACCAAUGGAAGGUGUAUUUCACAAAUUCAAGCUUCAAAUGGCG